AGGAAGAGGAGGAAAAGAAAGCGGCGUGAGGAGGAGGAAAGGAAGCGGCGCGAGGAGGAAGAACGGAGGCGCAAAGAGGAGGAGGAAAGAAAGAGGCGUGAGGAGGAGGAGAGGAAGCGCCGUGAGGAGGAAGAGAGGAAGAGGCGCGAAGAGGAGGAGGCACGCAGGAAGAAGGAGGAAGAAGAGGCGCGCCGUAGGAGGGAGGAGGAGAUGAAAAAGAAGGCGGAAGAGGAGGCAAAGAGAAAAUCUCAGCUGGCUGACCCGAGCCAGCGUUGGCAGCGUCUCCGCGAUGAGAAGCUGGGUGCGGACGCCGGUACCGACCCCCGCCUGCAGCGCGUCAGGAUGCGUGAGGAGGCAGACGAAGCCCGUCGGCGCAAGCGCACCGAGGACGAGGAAGUCACUCAUGCGACUGAGCAGGCGAGGCGCGCCGCGAAGCUGGCGGCCAGGAAGACCGCACGCGAGCGACGUGCCAGAAUGCCCGGCCGACAGCCGCUCGUUCGUUCCAUCACCAACGUUGCCGCCAACGAGAAGGUCGCCAGGGAGUACCUGAACUACCUUCUGGAAGAUCUGAACCGCCGCGCUCCUCACCAGCGCAUCCGCGCAGGCGCCGCCAUGUAUGAGAAGGACGAGAGUCGCCAGUACAUCCCGCCCGCCCUCAAGAGCAAGGACGAGUUCAAGCGCUUGAACGCCAAGUGCAAGAACGAGGAUAGCGUCGACAUCCUCCUGGAUGACGCCAUUGUGGACGACGUGGAGCGUAAGCAUCGUUCAAGCGUCAUCGACAGGGUGCUGGAUUUCCUCAAGACCCACAUGCCUGUCCCAGCCACUGAGAUCAUACUCGGAGGGUCUAUCGGCCAGGGCACCGCCGCACCGUCCUACGCAGCCGUGCAGAUCGUCGUUCUGAGCGACGACUUCCCGAAGGGUGGCCAUGAGAUGUGGCUACCAUCUGCUGUGGUGGCCUAUCGCAAGAUUCUGGAAAAGGCAGCUCUAGAAGAGGGCCAGCUGCCCGACCUGACGUUCGUCGGUCACUCCCAGACCACCCUGCAGUUCAUGGUGGAAGAUGUUGAUGUGGACAUGUACUUCACACGUGAAUGGGGCGAUACCGACCACGACUACGAUCACCUGUACCGCGAGGCCAUGAUGAUCCGGGACACAAAGGCCCGAAACUGCUAUGCCAUCUCAGCCGUUCGUCGUCAGAACGCGUGGGUUGCCGGGCUCCCAGAACUGGUUAAGGAUGUGGUGCGCAUGGUGAAGAACUGGCGCAACUGUGUGGACUGGGGGGAGAAGAAGAAGCGUCCCAACUCCUACCUGCUGACGCUCAUGGUCCACAAGGCCUACGAGGAAGCCUGUAGAUUCACUGAGUCUAUUGGUGACACUCCGCUGGAAGAGGACAUCCUGAGAGAGUUCAUCAACCUGACGCAGAAACUGGACAGAGCCGUCGGCAGAGUGACUUGGAAUGACUACUACGACCCCGAGUUGUACCGUGUAGAGCACAUCAGCCGGCUGCCUGUGGUACAGGACCCCGCCAUGCCCGCCUUCAACGUCGGCGAGACCAUGGAGUCCUGGAACAUGAUGCGUCAUGAGGCCUGGAUAUGGGGACAGAGUCUCGGCAUCCUCAAGCUCUAAGUCUCGAACGGUGCUUCAACCCCUGACACCUUCCAGCGCCCGUAGAUCUACGACGUAAAAAAAAUAGAGACGUACUGCCUCUUGAGCUCUUUCUUGUAAGACAUAUAACGAAAGGCUAUGGAGUGCAUGAAAAAAUGCUGAGUUUCUGUAGCUUUACCAAGUAGGAUGUGUGCAUUAUUAGGCAUCUUAUAGCUAUUCUGACACACAGAAUCCUACGCUGUAUUCUUAUUCAUAGGAAAACUUAGCACCACAAUGAUGGCAUAUAACAAAUGUUUGAAGUGGGAUCAACAUUUAACGUUUUUGACAAGCUGCCAUUGUUCGCCGCGACGCUUUGGUGCUUGUGUGUGCAUCUAAAGACUGGCUAUUAAAGCAUUUCUAGAUACUUUCAUUGUGUCUACAAUCGAUGGUGCUCUACUUAGAGAUCAAUUCUUAGGACGGAAAUGUCUGAAUCAAAAGACUGGUUAUUGUUUUGAGGUAUGUCUCUGGUGAAAGUCGUUACAUGAAUAUUGUAGCUGAAUUGUUACUGGUCACAGAAAUAUUUGAUUUGUUUUACAUCAGUUGGAACUGCUCACACUGUAAAGCAUAGCGUUUGUAAAGCUUAGUGUUUCUGCGACAUAUAGAUAUAUUUUGAGUCAGUUAUAUGUUUUGAAAACCAGAAAGAAAUGGAGGGAAAAUGAAUUUUUUAUGCUGUGGUUGCCUUACACUGGGUUUGAUGUAUCCAGGUUUGGAUCUUGAUGUUAAGAACAACACAAUUCGUGUUAUAUUUUGCACCUAGGUUAUCAUCUACCGAGGUCCACUUUAGUAAGUAGGCGAAGUUAUAUAGAUACACUUUGUUCAGGUUGGGUCGAAACAGCGCAUCUAGAAAUAAAGUACUAUUGCUGGGCACACAAGUCUCACUUAUUGGUGAAUAAAAACUCCAAUAAAACUGCUGAUGUGUACUACAUAAAUUGGCAAUGACCUUUACACGUGGUCAUCACCUUGAACCGAAGAUGUCUAUGUACUCCCAUUACUAGUACAUUUUGUAUUGAAACUAGCUGGAUCGAACACUCUGUAAGGCAAUCGCAGUUUCUUACCUCGGAGAGUUUAGGAGAAGAAAUAUUUAUAAAAAAAAGCGAUAUUUACGGUAGCUUACAAUACACUGUAGUCCUAGUAAAGUAUGUAACUGUCCAUUACAACUUGUGUCCAUAUUGUAUGUCAACCAUUUGUGUAAGAAAGUGCUCCUGUACAAAGUACUGAAUAAAUAUAAAAUCAUAAA